CUGGCAAAAAGUUACUCCACGUGGUGGUCAGAAGAGAAGAAGAGGCGUGGCUGGUCCCCCUUUCUCCUUUGGACCUGAGAAUUCAAAGGGCUUUAGCUGAACGUACUUAACUGUGAAAUGAUAUGGAGUCUACUAAUGGAGAAAGGAGGAUGUUGCAAUCUUUGAAGAAGGAGCUCAAGGGUUGGGAGUCCAUGUUUGAAAGAAAACACAGUCGGAAACCGUCAAAGACUGACAUCGAGAACAGCCCUGCAGAAAUUCAAGAUGCUUAUCGACAGUAUCGCCACUUGAAAUCCCACCCCUCACACAUUGAUGGCGCAUUAAAUGAAGUAGCUCCGCCCUCAUUUCCCGUGCCCACUGGUGAUGAAGAGGUGUUUGGUCGAACCCUGAACAAGCCCGUCAAAGUGAAGGAGGAUGAAAAUGCACCUAGCGGUGAGCAGAGGAAGCCAGUGUGGAAAUUGAGACGCUGGACCAAGGGGAAGGGAUAUGUGACUGUUACCAAUAACAACGGUGAUCCUGCGACCAGUGGAGGUGUGGGGGAUGAGAGUACGGGAAAGGAUGUCUCUUCAAAAAAUGGUGUCGCAAACAAAGAUGAAAAAGACAUUAUCAUGGAACCUCUGGACACCCGUAAAUGUUCUGAGCUGGAAAACGAACUAAAGUCGCUCUCACUAGAAUUGAAUAUGACCCAUAGAACUGUCUUUAAGUCCACCUCUAAAGAAGCACAUCGGUCCCUUGUGUCUGGGGAGUGUCAGAACAUACUGUUGACUCAGAAAACUGGAAACAGGGCUAGUAGACAGAAACACACCUCACGAAUCUCGUCACAGUGGCUUGGAAGAUGUAAACCAGAAAUUGAGAUAUCAGAUUCCAAGAAAGACGAUGCUAGCAUUAGUCGUGAAGAAGCACAAAAUGUACAAUUGAAAGAGCUAGACUCACCAAAAACAUUUAAGGAACACAGCAUGGCAGAAUUUUUGGAGGAUUGGGAGUUACCAGCUUCUCCUCACUUGAAUCACUAUGGGCAAUCAAUCAGUAUUGACGAUGACUUUGGAACGUGGAGUGGUGACGGAGGGAGUGGCUACAGUGACAGCAAUGACGAGGAUGACCCUGUCAUUAGUGUCCAGAAGUGGGAUGAGCUUUCUGAGGCUAGGUUACUCGAACCAACUCACUCGACUUAUUCUAACAAACCUGGGCCCUCUACUGACAUCCAAGCUGGAUCUUCAUCGAUAAUGAAAGCAGGGUCUUCACCAAUUAAUAGCAGUAGUACGGCUGAUACUCAUACUCAUUCGUCACUCGGAGGCACUGCUACCGAUCAAUGCACUUCUGAGCUGGAGUCUAAUGUUAAAAAGACGAUUGCCAUUCAGAAUACACUCUCCUCUACAGUAAGCCGCUCUGUUCUGGGCAGGUUAGAGUCGCAUCACCAUGGCAUUACCAAGACAACCAGCCAUUCUGUAAAAACUGAACGUAAAGUUAGCAAACCCAAACAAUGGACAUUUAAUCGAGACAACGCAAGUACUGUUAGCAAAUUAAAUUCUAGUAGCUUCUUACGUCAUGAGAAAAAGCAACCAUCUGUGAAAAACGCUGCCAAGCAACGCUUCCCAUCUCCUCCUGUAACCAAUGUUACUGGUGAUCCUACCAUGAAUACCAUUAAUCAAUCCAAAACUGAAAAGGAGAUUGCUUGUCAGAAACUUAACGAGAGUCGAAGUCAGACAGGGUCACUAGCUACUACUCCAGAUCCUCCUAAAGAUUUUGAGUUUUUUGAUUCAGAAUUUUCCGAAGCUGAAGUCGCUGAAAUUGAGCGUAUGGAAACAGCUGAAGCUGAAGAUUCACAGAGUAAGAACAUUCCAAGCCCAUCAAUUGAUGACAGUUCAGAGUGUACUGGCACCAAAGACACUAGCACACCCACACUCAAGAAGAAUAGUUCCGUUAAGACCGGCCUAUCUACUGCUGUAAGCGAGAAUUUUGUUCGUAUCAACAUCAAAGUGAAGAGGUUCUCUCGCAACAAAAAAGGAUUGACAGGCUCCGCUCACAAGAGAAUUGCUUGGAAGAAGAUGCAAAAGAGCCGAGCAGGGGGAGGUGGCAGUGGCGGUGGCGGUGGAGGUGGGGGUGGGAGUGGUCUGGGGAAAGGUGGGAGGAGUGUGUGCUACAAAUGUGGGAAUCCUGGACACUGGGCGAAGAAUUGUGAUUCUAACGUCGGAUCAAAAAACCUCGGCAAAUUUGACGGGGAGGACGUCGGUUUCUCGGAUAAAAUGGCUGCCGGUGAUGAAGAGAUAAACAGUGCUAUGUUUGAACAGCUGGCCAAAGAGAGUCCAUUUCCGUCGGUGGAAGAUGCUGCAAAAAUGGCUUGUGGAGUCAAGUUUGCAGCGGCGAAAGAAGAACGGUCUAAAACACCCACAACCUCACAGUUAGAUGAUGAUGGUGAUGGAGGCAAUACGACGGAGAGUAGUUUCAUUCCUCCGCCCCCCUCUUAUAGCCGGACCACCCCCUGUUCACGCUCAGUGGAACCACUGUUCACCACAGAGGAUGGAAAGAUCACAGCCACUCCCAAGUCUGUGUACUCCGUUCUGAGGAAGUUUGGCUACAAUUCAUUCAGAUCUGGUCAAGAGGAGGCGGUCAUGAGAGUGUUGUCAGGAGUGUCUACCCUCCUAAUCAACUCGACUGGUUCUGGCAAGUCUCUGUGUUACCAGCUGCCAGCCUACCUAUACUGUCAGGCGAGCAGCUGUCUGGCUCUGAUCAUCUCUCCCCUGGUGUCCCUCAUGGAGGACCAGGUGCAGCACUUCCCUGAUGGACUCAAGGGAGGCUGUCUGCACACCAGCCAAACAAGACCACAGAGGGAAAAGGUUCUUAAAGAUGCUGUAGAGGGUAGACUCAAUGUGCUACUACUGUCCCCUGAGGCCCUGGUGGGCGGGGCUCUAUGGAGCAAGUCAUGGGGUGGGGGACUGUCCCUGAGCCAGCUACCUCCAGUGGCUUUUGCUUGUAUUGAUGAGGCUCACUGUGUGUCUGAGUGGAGCCACAAUUUCAGACCCUCCUACCUCAGAAUAUACAAGGUGCUCAGAGAGCAACUGGGUGUGUACUGUAUUCUGGCCCUCACUGCCACUGCCACUCAUCAGACAGCUGUGUCCGUGGCAACAAACCUCGGCAUAGUACAGGAGAAUAUCAUUCGUGGACCCACCCUCCCGGACAAUCUUCAUGUAUCAGUGUCAUGUGACCAGGACAGAGAUCAGGCUUUAGUUGAGCUACUCCAAAACUCCACAUUCAAGUUCUGUGAGUCGAUCAUCAUCUACUGCACCCGUCAACAGGAGACGGAGAGAGUGGCACAGCUGCUCAGAACAUGUCUCACUGCCGUUCCAAGUUCUGAGACUGGGAUGGAACGUGAUGUUGAAGAAGAAACUGUACCUAUUCCAAAAAGUCGAAAAAGAAAAAAUCUUACAAGUUCAAAGAAAGGCAGUAAACGGCAAAAGAUUAACUGGAGUGCUGAGUGCUACCAUGCUGGGUUGCAGGCGUCUCGUCGGAGAAAAGUACAAUCGGAUUUCAUGUCUGGACGGCUUCGAAUUGUCGUGGCAACGGUUGCUUUUGGAAUGGGUCUAAACAAGUCAGAUGUCCGAGCGAUCAUUCACUACAACUUGCCCAAGAGCUUCGAGUCUUUUGUGCAGGAGAUCGGGAGAGCUGGUCGCGAUGGACUCCCUGCUUAUUGUCACGUCUUUAUUGAUAAGAUGGGUGGUGAUCUGUCUGAGCUUCGUCGUCAUGCCUACAGUAAUACAGUAGAGCGCUACUGCAUCAAACAGCUGGUAGGCAGAGUUUUCCCUUCCUGUCAGUGUGAGCAGGUUAAGAGGAAAAGUGAUGAAGGUUCAUUGCCCAGUCAGUCAGAAUGUGCCUCUCCUCCCAAGAUAUCCCGACCUCGAUGGUGCAAUGGACACGAGGUGGCAUUCCCUAUUGACGCUAUGGUUACGAGCCUGGAUGUGAAGGAGGAGUGUGUCUCCACACUGUUGUGUUACCUGGAGCUAGAGGACUGGCUUGAAGUCAUGAAUCCUCUUAACGAUACCUGCAAACUCAAUUGCUACAACGGUGCUAGGCAACUGAGGGCACUGGCUAGUAAAGUGCCAGCUGUGGCCGCUGCCACUGCAAGACUCGGGGAGAGAGGGACGGACUUGACGCAGAGCAGCAGUAUCGAGUUCUCAUUGGUUGAGGUGGCUGACUCCAUGGGCUGGGAAACAUCCAUUGUCCGCUCUGAACUUAGUGGCCUCUCUCACAAUGAUCGUGGUACGGGAGGACCCAACACUAAAGCUAGCACCGUUCUUGUCGAGUUUGGAAACCUUUCCUUUCACCUUCGAGCUCCCGGUGAUUUAAGGCCAGAUGAGAAAGACUUAGUGUGCGAUUUUCUCUAUACAAAAGUUAAGAUGCAAGAAGAAAGAGACGUUGAGAAACUGCAUCUCUUCCACGCUGUGUUGCACUCUGUUACGGGUCAAACUCACGAAGAGUGUUUCGAAAACGAGCAAGAAACUGCUAUCAGAUUGGACACUUUGAAUAAGAUGAUCAAGCGAUAUUUUAGUGAAAGCGGCCUCAAUUCAGCACACCUUCAGGAAAUGAACAUAUCUGUACUGCACUCUCACAGUACCCUCACUCCUGAACGCGAGCGUAGGGUGUGUGAUGAUAUACACUCUCUAAUAUCAAUUCACAGCGAUCAGCAGUUCACUGGUAGAGCUAUUGCAAGGAUCUUUCAUGGCAUUGCUAGUCCAUUGUUCGAAGCGGUGGUGUGGGGAGGUCAAAAGAGGUUUUGGAGAAGGCAUAUGGACGUAGACUUUAAUCUACUGUGUCAACUGGCUACAAAAGAAGUGUUGAAAUUCAGAUGAUAGCUGAAAUGUAUGAAUGUUCUGUAUAUAAUUAUGUGUCAGGAGUGCAUGAAUAUUAUUUUGUUUGUGAAGUCUUUAAA